AUGUCGUCCGCAGUCAACACCAACACCUCCCAAGGCAGCACAUCCUCCACUGCUCUCAUCCCCAACAUCACCAAGACCACGAUGGUCCCCAACCCCUCCAUCCUCGAGCGCAUCCCACAGGAGAUCCUCCUCCACAUCACCAAACUCCUCAUCUUCCGCGGCGCCUCUCGCCUCGCCAGAACCUCAAAGUAUCUCCACCGCACCCUGAACAGGGAGAUCUACAAGCUCGCAGGCAAGUACGACAGCUGGUACCCCCUGUUCUACGCAGCAUCAACCAGCAACAUCGCAACUUUGGAGCUCUGCUUCGAGUUCGGCGCCGUGAUCGACACCCACUGGCCUCUCAACGAGACUAUGACCUUUGGGUACGGCCAGCGACUCUACCUCUCCCUGGGCUGUCGCCCUCUGCGCCAGGCUAUCUCGUCUCUACAGUACGUGGCUGUGGACUGGCUCCUUCAGCACGGGGCUGAUCCUGAUGAAACACUCCUGGAGGCAGUUCUGGUUCAUCUGCGUGAGGCUCCUCUUUCUUUUGCCUUUCGUUGUGGUCGUGGGUCGUGGGAGAGAGUGCUUCCUUCACGAUCCAUUAUUUUCACUCUCCUCGAGGCCGGUGCUGACCUGAACGACGUCGAUGAGGGCCCAGCCGAGGAGAUUGAGGCUAUGUAUAAUGACCGUAGCUACAUCACCCCGUAUUGGUAUUCUUGA